CCUCCCGUCAGGAUGGUACGCACAGGCGCGAGAGUGCGUCCCCGCCCCCGCCCCCUCUUCCGCGGGGUCCCUGUCGGUCCCGGCUCUGUCACCUCACAGUAGUCGUUGCCCGUGGCGGGCGCGGGGGCAGGGGCAGCGCAGGGCCGCCUCUCCCCCGCCCGUCAGGCCGGGCCCGGGCUGGGUCGCCCCCGCUCCCUCUGUUCCCCACCCCAGUUGGAUACGGGAAGGUCCAAGCCGUUGCCGGGUGCCAGAAGGACUUCGUGGCCGACGCCGCCACGGGUCCCGAUGGAUCCGCCGAAUCUCUAUCCGGUGAAGCUCUACGUGUACGAUUUGUCCAAGGGCCUGGCCCGGAGGCUCAGCCCCAUCAUGCUGGGUGAUAUUAGGCAAGAAAGGAUCCUAAGAAUUGAACAGCUUUGGCAACAUCCAUUUGAAUGGUUUUUCCUGGUUUAUGGAGACAUUAGAAGAUGUUUUAGCUCAUGGAAACAACUGGAAGGCAUCUGGCACACGUCCAUAGUUGUACACAAGGAUGAGUUCUUCUUUGGCAGUGGCGGUAUCUCCAGCUGUCCCCCCGGAGGGACAUUGCUUGGGCCCCCAGACUCUGUGGUUGAUGUGGGGAGCACAGAAGUCACAGAAGAAAUCUUUCUGGAGUACCUGUCCUCCCUGGGGGAGUCUCUGUUCCGAGGCGAGGCCUACAACCUCUUCGAACACAACUGUAACACCUUCAGCAACGAAGUGGCACAGUUCCUGACCGGACGGAAGAUCCCUUCCUACAUCACUGACCUUCCUUCUGAAGUUCUCUCCACGCCCUUCGGGCAGGCCCUGCAACCCCUCCUGGACUCCAUCCAGAUCCAGCCGCCCGGAGGGAGCACCGUGGGCCGACCCAAUGGCCAGAGCUAACAGGACUGCAUGGGCCCACCCUGCCUCACAGGGCUUUUCCUUUUUAAACAAAACAAACCCUACCAGAUUUCUAUUUUAUAAUUUUACAUCAGAGCUAACAACCAGGGGACGGCUUUUUAAAUUUCCCAGGGAAGGAGAUCAUCAGGCUGCAUGUAGGACGAUGCUGCUAAGAAACGGAACAAAACGCCAUCCCUUCUAAUAGCAUUAUACUAAUUUAUUAAGGCUGUCUUGUCUGUGAGUUCACUUUGACGCUGCUUCCUGAGCGUCUUCCACACUGGAUAAAGGGAGGGGUUUGUUUUAGCAAAAAGCAGGAGGCAGUUUGGGGGAGCCCCAACCCAGAACCUCUUUCCAGAGACCGCCCAUGCUCUGCCCAGGUUGCCAUCACCUGUGGGACCCAGGUGAGUUUUACGUCAUCCAUGACCCAGAAGCGGUUACCUCUCUGGCAUUGAAUGAACCAAAGGAGCUGGUGCACGUGGGACCAGUUUCAGGAUGACUAACCCAACCUAAGUGAACUCUUAGCCACAAGCUCUCUCACCCGCCCUCCUCUACCCCAAGCAAGGCCACGGGGCCAAACCUGGAGCGGCCAGAAAGCUCAAGAUUGAGGGAGAGUGACAGCAAGUGUCAGGCCAGAGAAAACAGGAUAAAGCCAUUCCUCCUUCGUCCUAGACUGAUUGCCAAUCAUCUGCCAUCAAUUUCGGAGAACCUGCCUUGCUGCCUGUAGGCGGCUCUUCCUCAACAUGGCUGACCUGUCAUAGGUAGUGAGGGUCUGGGCUGCAGUGGCAGAGACCCAGGCCUUCUGUCUGCAAGUAAUGUAGGUUAUCUGCAGUCGCUGUACCCACCCCGCCCAGACCAAUAUGCAGUAUUCGGCUAGGGACCAAGGGGACAUGGUUCCCUGCUCCAGGAAAAUGUCCCUGAUGCAGAAAGGAUAUAAUGCAGAAUCAAAGUGGCAAGAAAAUUUAGAGUUGUUUCCCAUGGGGAUUUUUACAUUAUCUUAAAUGUGCUUUGAAGACACGUGUAGUUUCUGUUGUCAUUCUGACUUUAAGGAAGCAUAGUUGCGGGUGUGAGUGGGGAUUUUCCUAAUGAGCUGCUGCUAGGAGCUUAUAGGCAGGGAACAAUCUGGAAGUUUCUUAAUCUGGAGAGGCCUUCAGAUUCCCUUUCUUCAUGUCAUUUUUUGGGGAACUUGAGGGUGGAGAAGGGACUCAGAGCUGCCAGGUACCUGAGUCCCAACUCUGGCAUCCUUGGGUCCCUCCUGCCACUCCUCAGACUUGAAUUAUGUUCUCUUCCCUGGUGUCUGGCCUGCAGCUGGUGCCUUUCCUCUCCAAACCUGCCGCUCACCUCUGGCCUCUUCUCCUCCUAUCUCUGCUGUCAGCCACAGCAGUUGGCAUCAUCAGAGUCUCAGCUAGAGGAAGAGAUGUCAUUCCUCCUCAGUGUUUGCCUGUCAUCUGACCAAGGGCAUGUCCGUGAUGACCAGCUGUAAAAUCAAGUGACAUUUUGGAACUUUGCCAAUGAGCAGUUUAAUUCUCAAGAGCCACCGAUUUGCCAGUGUGCACAGUAUUGGUGCAUUAGAGCAGAAAGUAGAGGGGCUCUCACGCAAUGUUGGCCGACUGGCAGAAGAGACCGAGGAGAAUGGCCUUCAGCGGGGUUGCUCCCAGGGUCCAGACCGUCGUGCUGCUUCCCACCUGGGUUUCUCUCCUCUCCAGCUUGCCUUGCCCAGCCCCCUCUCUUCCAGGCUCCCGCUCCAGACCUCUCCACCCUGAGUUCUAGCCAGGGGGCUGGGCAACACCAGCUCCCUCCUCUCUCCUCUCCCCUCUCCAGGCGCAACUACUCUCGCUCCUCCCAGCAUCACCUCCAGACCCAGGGCUGUACUGAGAGAGUAGCCUCAGUGGCUCCCCUGAGAGAUAGUUACUUGGUUCAUUGAAAGACCCCUUCAUGCCCAGCAGCCAUUUGUGCCAAUGCCCGUGCCCUAGGAUUUGUGGGACGAGGCGGAGGGACCAGCAAGCAGUCUUCUCAGAGCCUUGCAGGAAGGCAGGCUCUCCCUCCCUCCGCCACUAACGGUGGAAGACCAGGACCAGGCUCGGUCCCCAGCCCACGCUCACGUCCCUCUCUCUGUCCCAGCCCACCCUCACAUCCUUCUGUCAGCACUUCAGGAGCAUGCUCACUGUGACCAGCGAGCUCCACACGGGUGUGUGCGGGUGAGCAGAGUGAGAAAUGAGCCAUGUGUGUAACUGUAGUGCACAGCAGACGCCUCCAUAGGGGUCCACUGGUUUAAAGGGAUAGAAGGAGGAGGGAUGAGACUGUCACCCCCUCCCAGAAAUAAAGUUUGUUCUUUUGAGAUUCUUUUUCCUUUAAAGUCGAACUAAUUGUGUCUAGUACGGAGGUGUUUGCAGGUUUCUUUGGUGUUUUUUCUAAUGCAAUAAACUCAUUUCUGCCUGCUGCA